GAGGUUAUGUUUAUAAAAGUGGUUGUGUAUAUAAUUAAUUCACAUAAAAACAAUCAGUAUAAUAUCAUUUAAUAAGAUUUUAAUUUUAAUCAAAUUUAUAUAUUAAUGUUACGUCUAUUGUAAUAUUAUUUUAUUGAAAAAUAUGAAUGAAUUUUCAGAAGAUACUUCCAAACAAUGCAGGUUAUGCUCUGCAAAAUCAUGUUUAAUUACUUUAGUAAGAAAGCAGGAUGGGAAAAUACGAAAAUUAAUUGAAGUUACCAUAGGAGUUAAGAUUGACGAAAAUGACUACUUCAAUCAUGUCUGUUUAAAUUGUAUAAUAUUUGCCUACAACAUACAUGUAUUUAAGGAAAAUACCUUAAUAAGAGAAGACAAAAUUCAGGGUUUCCUGAAAAAAAGAAAUAUGCACCAAAAACACAAAACGCCAGUAAUACAACCGACAAAUAGCAGCUUAUAUAAUUUUUGUGAAGAUAUAUCAUCUCUAGCUAACUGGAUAAAAGAUCGGCGACAAGAUUUAACAAAACACAGUGACAACGCUAGUUCAAUUAAAAAUUGGCCAAUGCAAAAGACUAGUAUAGGUAUUCAAGUGAAAAAUUGUAAUUCAACUGUAGCUGCUCAAACUGAAAACUGUAAUUCAACUGUAGCUGUUCAAACUGAAUCUUGUACUGUGGACAUAGGAAUUCAAGUGAAAAAUAGUAGUUCAAGUGUAGCUGUUCGAUCUAAACGUUUGGCUAAAGAUGUAGGUAUUCAAGUGAAAGAUUGUAAUUCAACUGUAGCUGUUCAAACGGAAUCUUGUACUGUGGACAUAGGCAUUCAAGUGAAAAAUUGUAGUUCAAAUGUAGCUGUUCGAACUAAACGUUUGGCUAAAGAUGUAGGUAUUCAAGUGAAAGAUUGUAAUUCAACUGUAGCUAUUCAAACUGAACGUUAUACUACGGAUAGAGGUAUUCAAGGGGAAGAUUGUAAUUCAAAUUCAGUAGUUCGACCUGAACUUGGUACUAUGGAAAUAGGGAUUCAAGUGAAAAAUUUUACUUCAAGUGUAGCUCUUCAAACUGAACCCGGUACGACGGAUGUUAAUAGUAAACUUUACAAUGAAAUGCCCUUUAAUUCUGUUUGUAUGCAGAUAGAUAACUUUAAACUUAAAAAGAGAAAACUAGAAGAUUCUAAAGAAGAAUAUCUAAAAUCACUAGAACUAGUUAAUAAUGUCAAUAAGCACAUGAUCCAUCAAAAUAACUCUUACAAAAUAACACCACGCUUAAGAAAUAGCGUGCCAGUUAACAAACACAUUUUAGAAACUAUCCCAUCAACACCUAAACUUACAAGGCGAAGAGCAAUGAACAAUACUACUGAACCUGUCAAACUAGAAAUUGGAUCUCCAAUGGAUAUAAAUAAUGAUUCAAUUCAUAUAAAAACAUCACCUAGAUCUAACACACCUGUGAAUUCUGUAAAUGACAAUCUUUUAAUACCUUAUACUGGGGAGUCUCUUGUGCUGUGUAAAAUAUGCGAUGCUGCUUUAUUGCCGAAUACUUUGAAAAAACAUGAACUAAUACAUAGAAAGUGCUCCAUAUGCAAAAAGACUUUUCGAACAGUGAAAAAAUUUAAGGAACACCGAGCAGAAUGUUUAGGCGGAAUAGUUACGAAAGACAUGAGCAUUCCUCUGAAAAGAUUGGAAACAUCGGAAGAAAUAAUGAAAAAGUAUUCAUAUGCUCUGCGGUCUAGCCAAGAUUGAUAUGUUAUCACAAUGAAAACCUUUUAUAUUGAAAAAACAGGGAGUUCUUUCAAAAACGAACGUCAAGUACAAGAAAUAGUUUGAACAUACACACGUCCAUUUUACACUUUAAAAAUAAAGUAUUAAGUAAAUAAUUCAGACAUUAAUUCAUCACAUGUGACGCUAAUACUCCAUCGGAAAAGCUGGAUAAAAGAAGAAAAAAAUGUGAAAACCUGUAUAUAAAAAUGUUUCGAUUAUUAAUUUUACAAUAAAUUUACAACGCAUG